AUGGAAGGAAGCUGGUUCCACAGGAAAAUAUUUUCCUUCUACCUCCUUCUCAGCCUUCUGCUUCAAGGAAGGGGCGUUACUUUCACCAUCAAGUGCUCAGGGUUUGGCCAGCACGGGGCGGAUCCCACUGCCCUGAAUUCAGUGUUUAAUAGAAAGGCCUUCCGACUGGUCACCAUCAGCGUCCCCACCCGAGUCAACAUCUCCUUCACGAUGUCUGCCAUCCCAGAUGCGGUUUGGGAUAACCCAUUUAUCAGCCGGAACCCAGAGGAGUGUGAGGGCAUCAUGAAGAUGAGUAUAUCAGCCAAGAACCUGUGGUUCCCAGACAUUUUCAUCGUUGAACUCAUGGAUGUGGAUAAGACCCCAAAAGGCCUUACAGCAUAUGUAAGUAAUGAAGGUCGCAUCAGGUAUAAGAAACCCAUGAAGGUGGACAGUAUCUAUAACCUGGACAUCUACUUCCCCUUUGACCAGCAGAACUGCACACUUACCUUCAGCUCAUUCCUCUAUACAGUGGACAGCAUGUUGCUGGACAUGGAGAAAGAAGUGUGGGAAAUAACAGACACAUCCUGGGACAUCCUUCAGGCCCAUGGAGAAUGGGAGCUCCUGGGCAUCAACAAGGCCACUGCAAAGAUGUCCAGGGAAGGCACGUAUGAUCAGAUUGUGUUCUAUGUGGCCAUCAGGUGCAGGCCCAGCCUCUAUGUCAUAAACCUUCUCAUGCCCAGUGGCUUUCUGGCUGCCAUCGAUGCCCUCAGCUUCUUGCCAGUGAAAAGUGGGAAACGUGUCCCAUUCAAGAUAGUGCUCCUGCUGGGCUACAACAUCUUCCUGCUCAUGAUGAAUGACUUGCUCCCCACCAGUGGCACCCCCCCAUCGGUGUGUACUUCGCCCCUGUGCCUCUCCCUGAUGGUGGGCAGCCUGCUGGAGACCAUCUUCAUCACCCACCUGCUGCACGUGGCCACCACCUAUCCCCCACCCCUGCCUUGGUGGCUCCACUCUCUGCUGCUCCACUGCACCAGCCGAGGGAGAUGCUGUCCCACUGCACCCCAGAAGGGAAAUAAGGGCCUGGGUCUCACCCCCACCCACCUGCCUGGUGUGAAGGAGCCAGAGGUAUCAGCAGGGCAGAUGCCAGGCCCUGGGGAGGCAGAGCUGACAGGGGGCUCAGAAUGGACAAGGGCCCAGUGGGAACAUGAGGCCCAGAAGCAGCACUCAGUGGAGCUGUGGGUGCAGUUCGGUCACGCGAUGGAUGCCCUGUUCUUCCGCCUCUACCUGCUCUUCAUGGCCUCCUCCAUCCUCACUGUCAUAUGCCUCUGGAGCACCUAGGCAGGUGCUCAGCUGCAAACUUCAGUCUGGAGCUUCUUUCUCUUGCCUCCAGGGCACAGCCAGGUCUCCCCCCUUUCCUGAGUACCAACUAUCACAUUGCCAAAGAUGACUGAGUCUCUGCUGUAUUCCACGUAUCCCAACCCAGUCCUGCCGAUCAAUUCCAAUCCCAGACAUUUCUCCCUGUUCCUGCAUUCUGUUGGCUUCCUUCAGUCUUAUCAUAUGG